AUGAGUUAGUUAGGAAAGGAGUAAAUUAAUGGCUAAAUAGAUUAGAAAAUUUAUCUUGCUAACUGUGCUAUCAUUAAUAUGCCAAGAGACUAUGACUCAAGUACAUCUGGAAAUCCAUUAAGUAGUAAAACUAAUGACAGAUCUAGCAUUUUCAUUUAGAGCUAGAAGAGCAGUAGUAAAAAACUGACUUUUAACUUUGAGGGGUCAGUGGAACUUCCGAAAUUAAGGUAAAAUCCUAAAAAGAACUUGUCUGCCAGUAAAACUAAAUAAUUAAUACAGUAAUUAAAAGAGGACAACCUAUUAUAUGUGGCAGGAAGUAAUCUUAAGGACAAAGCAACAUACUCGCACACAGAUGAGUAGGUAUACGACAGAACUAUAAAACAAUUACAGUUCAAUAAGUUAUUUCCUAGGGAUGAAUCUACUGAGCUCUUUACCAAUUAAAAAUCGAGAAAUCUGAAAUGCGUGAUUAAUAACAAAAGAAGAGUCAGACGAUUCCAGAAACUAAUUAAUAAUAUCUAGUAGCAGAAGAGUCUGAUUAAAAAGCAAUUUCAAUCAAUGAGUGAUCUUAAGAACAAUCCUAUUCCUGGCUCAAAUACUUUGGUUAUACCUUCUUCGAUGUCUAUUCAAACUACAGAUUUCACUUCCAGUUAGUAACAAAGCAUUUAUUAGAGUUAAGAUCCGAAAGCACUUCACAAGCUUUACAAGAAGCACAGAGUCUAGAAUAAGAUUUUCAAUACUAUAGAUAAUAAUGGGACCUAAAGGGUUGAUCCUCUUUAACCCAAAAUGAACGAAUAGAAUUAGCAGAAGAGUCAGUAAGUUUUUAGCGCAACUCCUACUUAAUUUGGAAAAGUGUCAUACCAAAAAAUACUAGCAAUACCUGAAAAGUAGAAUAAUUGGGAGAAGUACCUAUUUAAAGAGAAUCACAAGAUUAAGAAAGUCUGCGAAUCCUUUAAUAACCCCAAGAAACCUAAGCUCUACAACUAAAGAAAUCGGGGCUAGUUUAUGUCUUUUAACGACAAGAUCAGUCACAAUGACUAGUUGCUCUUUAUGAAUCCAGAAUCAAUGUUGGACAGAGAUCAUAGUACCAAGAGCUUAGUACUGAACAGUAAUUCAAAUACCAAGAGUAGAGAUACUCUAAUGAGUAAUACUAUUAUUAUGGAUCAGAAAGAUGCCAUGAGUAUAAUAAAACAGUCUCUUCAUAGAAAGCAGUACUCCAUUAAAUCCUUCGUAUUUGAUGAUGCUUCCCUUGACUAGACUAAAGAUGAUUAGAAAUUUUACAAGAAUCCCUAAUCUAAAGGAGACUUAACCUCAAAGAGAGGUGAUGAUCUUCCCUCUGAAAGUCUUAAACAAUUCUUCACAAAAUAGAGGAGUUAAUUCAUUAUCAAGAAAAAAAUGCUUAAGGAUGAUUUGAAACGAAAGAACAACCAGCUCUAAUUAUUACUUGACGGUAAAACUAACGUAGUGAAGAAUAAAUUGCACUUCCAAGUGCUGGGUUUUGAAUCAUUCUCCAAUUCUACUCCUAAAAAUGUAAGAAUCAACUUGCCAUACCCAGAUGUAUCUCAAAGUAGUGGGGUGACAAACUCAAUCCGAUACUCUAAGGUGAUGGUAAGCAACUAAUUAUCAAUGAAAAACAGUCAAGACUCUUUAAAUUUUCGCUAUCUCAGACUUAAAGAACCUCACGGAGUUCAAGAAUAGCCAAUCAUAGUAAAUUCUUAAAGUCUUAAAAUUCAAAGCACUGAGUCUUCAAUUAUCCAGCAGCAAAAAUGA